UUGUCAAGAAGAUGGCAGCUUCCAGGCAGGCAUGAGAGGGAAUACUUCUUCACAAAUCGAAUGAACUUGGGCUAGUGAUUCAAGAGUAGACCCCCAAAUCGUCUUAUUGGAAAUAGUGCAUCGAAAGAAAGGACAUGACUGGUUCCAUGGUGUCUGGGACCACUGGUUCAACUCUGCAGCCACGAUGGAAGCGGGUAUUAGGAUGGUCUGGACCUGUCCCUCGGCCCAGACAUGGUCACAGAGCCGUUGCUAUAAAGGAAUUGAUGGUUGUUUUUGGAGGAGGAAAUGAAGGAAUUGUGGAUGAAUUGCAUGUCUACAACACAGCAACAAACCAAUGGUUUAUCCCUGCGGUUCGUGGUGAUAUUCCCCCUGGAUGUGCUGCAUACGGUUUUGUUUGUGAUGGCACACGGCUUCUGGUGUUUGGUGGAAUGGUGGAAUAUGGAAAAUACAGCAAUGAUCUCUAUGAGCUACAGGCCAGCAGAUGGGAAUGGAAAAAGUUGAAAGCUAAGACCCCAAAAAAUGGCCCACCUCCCUGUCCUCGACUUGGCCACAGUUUCUCGCUGGUGGGCAACAAGUGCUACCUGUUUGGAGGACUGGCUAAUGACAGCGAGGACCCCAAAAACAACAUCCCCAGAUACCUGAAUGAUCUGUACACCCUGGAGCUUCGUGCUGGCUCCAGUGUUGUGGGCUGGGAUAUACCAAUUACUUAUGGCGUUUUGCCGCCUCCUCGCGAGAGCCACACUGCAGUAGUGUACACAGAAAAGGACAGCAAAAAAUCUCGCCUGAUCAUCUAUGGAGGGAUGAGUGGCUGUCGUCUGGGAGAUCUAUGGACCCUUGACAUCGACACCCUGAACUGGACUAAGCCAUCAGUGAAUGGCACAGCACCUCUGCCCAGGAGUCUCCACUCUGCCACCACCAUCACAAACAAGAUGUUUGUGUUUGGGGGAUGGGUUCCCCUGGUUAUGGAUGACGUGAAGGUGGCCACACAUGAGAAGGAAUGGAAGUGCACAAACACACUGGCCUGCCUAAAUCUCGACUCCAUGGCCUGGGAAUCAGUGGUGAUGGAUACUCUGGAGGACAAUAUCCCAAGGGCCCGGGCAGGACAUUGCUCUGUGGCCAUCAACUCCAGGUUGUAUGUCUGGAGCGGCCGUGACGGUUACCGUAAAGCAUGGAACAACCAAGUCUGCUGUAAAGACCUCUGGUACCUUGAGACAGAGAGGCCACAUGCUCCCUCGAGAGUGCAGCUAGUCCGUGCCAACACCAACUCCCUGGAGGUAAGCUGGGGUACUGUGUCCACCGCAGACACAUACCUGCUGCAGCUGCAGAAGUACGACAUCCCAGCUGCCACUGCUGUCACCUCGCCGGCCCUCAAUGCCACCUCCUCUCUGCCAGGGAACUCGCCUAAGAGCCCAGCCACAGCUGCUCCCUCUGCUCAGAACCUACCACACACAGCUAUCUUGAAGGUUGCAGCGCCGCUGUCUGGCACGGGUACCUCCCUUGUCACUGUGCGACCCAACCAGGCUGGGAAAUCCCCUGUCACUGUGACAUCACUUCUUCCAGGAGUUCGCAUGGUUGUUCCUGCCCAGAACGCCCAAGGAACACCAGUUGGCAGCAGCCCUCAGAUGAGUGGCAUGGCAGCUUUGGCUGCAGCUGCAGCAGCCACACAGAAGAUCCCACCCUCUUCAAGCACUGUACUCAACAUUCCAGCAGGUGCCACCCUUGUCAAAACCAUGGCUGUCUCCCCUGGCUCCACUACAGUCAAAAUGGCAUCUCCUCUCAUGGUUAGUAACCCAGCCACUCGCAUGCUGAAGACAGCUGCAGCUCAGGUGGGCACAGCAACCGUAUCGUCACCUAACUCUCCCAACAGACCCAUCAUCACUGUCCACAAGUCAGGCACGGUUACUGUAGCCCAGCAACACCAGGUGGUUACCACCAUGGUGGGAGGAGUCACCAAGACCAUCACCCUGGUCAAGAGCCCCCUCACAAUGGGAGGCAGCGGCACUCUGCAGAUCUCCAACCUUGGCAAGAUGAUGUCUGUGGUACAAACCAAGCCAGUGCAGACAUCGGCUGUUACAGGCCAGGCUUCCACUAACCCUCUCACACAGCUCAUACAGACUAAGGGUACUCUCCCUGCCGGCACCAUACUGAAGCUGGUGACCUCAGCGGACGGCAAGCCCACCACCAUCAUCACCACGUCCCAGGCAGGAGGCACAGGGAGCAAACCCACCAUCCUGAACAUCAGCGGCAUGUCGCCCACCACAACCAAACAGGGCACCACCAUCAUCAAGACCAUCCCUAUGUCUGCUAUUAUGACCCAGCCUGGAGCCACAGUGACCAGCAGCACAGGGAAGACGCCCUACACCAUCCUCACCACCAAGAUGAUGACCACUGGCACGCCAGGCAAAAUCAUCACUACAAUGCCCAAGCUUGGCACUGCAACUGGCCAGCAGGGGCUGACACAGGUGGUUUUGAAGGGAGCUCCGGGCCAACCUGGAACCAUUUUGCGCACUGUACCCAUGGGUGGAGUCCGACUCGUCACCCCUGUUACGAUGUCUUCUGUCAAGCCCAAUAUAACUACACUGGUCGUCAAGGGAACAACUGGUGUCACCACUGUGGGAACAGUCACAGGGACGGUCUCCUCCAGCUUGGCAGGGGGCAUUGUAGCCAGUGCUAACGCCUCUCUGGUAACUCCCAUCACCACCUUGGGCACCAUCGCCACCCUGUCCAGCCAAGUUAUCAACCCCACUGCCAUCACCGUGUCAGCAGCCCAGACCAGUCUGACCACAGCCACUACCCUUUCCACCUCCAUGUCGGCAAACCAGCCAACCCAGGUGACUCUCAUCACCACCCCCAGCGGGGUUGAGGCCCAGCCAGUGCAGGACCUGCCCGUGUCUUUCCUGGCCUCCCCCACCUCUGAGCAGCCCUCCUCCACUGAGGUCGGGGAUGCCCCUGGUACUGUCACCAUGGUCUGCUCUAACCCCCCUUGUGAGACCCACGAAACAGGAACCACCAAUACUGCAACCACAGCCUCCUCCGCUAUAGGUGGGGUGCAGAGGGUCUGCUCCAACCCUCCCUGCGAGACCCACGAGACCGGAACCACCAACACCGCAACGACCGCCUCCACCGACAUGGGCGGGGCAAUGAGGAUGACCACCUCUACUUCCCCUGGAACCUCCACAGGCAACCAGGGACCAGAGAACCUGAGCACUGGCACCACCUUCACCCACACCACGGCACGCUCCAACAUGGGCUCAGCCCAGACCGGCACCGUGCAGAGUCCCAAGCCAGCCGUCAGCUCUACGGUCUGCUCUAACCCGCCCUGCGAGACACAUGAAACGGGCACAACCAGCACUGCCACUCAGUCCUUGUCCAGCAUGGGUAAUGGGCAGACUGGCACUGUGCAGAGGGUGUGCUCAAACCCACCCUGUGAGACCCACGAAACAGGGACCACCAACACCCCGUCCCAGGCCAGCUCCAACAUGGCCGGGAACCAGACAGGGACGGUGCAGAGGGUGUGUUCCAACCCCCCCUGUGAAACCCACGAGACUGGCACCACCAACACGGCAACUACUGCCACAGCAGAUGGAGCAGACAGUGCCACCAGCAGUACAGAGACUCCCUUCACCACUGCAUCAGGAACAACCCCAGCCGCCACCCAGAGCAGAGCCAUCACUUCUGUGACCCAGUCCACACCAGCCCCGGGGCCCUCAGUACCUUCCAUUUCGUUGAUCACUGAGGGUGCAGCAGGUUCCACAGAAGAGCCCAUGCAGACAGACGCGGCUACGGAGGGGGGAGGCACAGCUAUGGAGACUGAGCUGUCCCCAGAGUUGUCAGAGGGACAGAUGGGGACAGGUCUGUCUGCAGAGGAGCUGGCUGUGACUGCAGCGGCGGAGGCAGCGGCGCAGGCUGCAGCCACAGAGGAGGCCCAGGCCCUGGCCAUCCAGGCAGUCCUCCAGGCAGCACAGCAGGCAGUCAUGAACGAGGGUGAUUCUGGCUCGGCCAGACAGCAGGCCACCACAAUUCCCAUCGUCCUGACCCAGCAGGAGUUAGCAGCCUUGGUCCAGCAGCAGCACCAGCUCCAGGAAGCUCAGGCCCGGGCUCAGGCCCGGGCUCAGGCCCAGGCUCAGGCCCAGGCCCAGCAGCAAGGAAACGCUCAGGCUCCGCCCACGGAGGGCCUUGCCCCCGCAGACAGCCUCAACGACCCUGCGUCUGAGAGCAACGGACACACCGAGAUGGCUGCAGCUGUCUCCAGCGCUGUGGCAUCACUGCUGCCGCACACAUCCACUGAGACCCUGGCCCCCUCAAGCACAUUUGCUGUUGCCAGUCCAGCGAAGCUGCAAGCUGCAGCUGCUCUAGCAGAGGUGUCCAAUGGCAUUGAGGGUGGUAAGCUAAACCUUCAACCAGCCCCUAUCAAGACUCUUGUAAAAAAAGAGAACCAGUGGUUCGACGUUGGCAUCGUCAAGGUGACAAACAUGGUGGUUACGCACUUCUUCAUCCCAGGGGACGAUUCUCAAGUAGAGGAUGACUCGGGCGCCAUCCCAGACUAUAACCAGAUGAAGAAAAUGGAGCUGCAGCCUGGCACAGCCUACAAGUUCCGUGUCGCUGGCAUCAACGCUUGUGGUCGUGGUUCCUUCUCAGAGAUCUCUGCUUUUAAGACCUGUUUACCAGGCUUCCCUGGAGCACCUUGUGCCAUCAAAAUCAGCAAGAGCCCAGAUGGUGCCCACCUCACCUGGGAGCCUCCCUCGGUGACAUCAGGGAAGAUCAUUGAGUACUCUGUGUACCUGGCCAUCCAGAGCACCCAGACAGCUGAGCCCAAGGCCUCCACCCCAGCCCAGCUGGCCUUCAUGCGGGUGUACUGUGGGCCCAACCCCUCCUGUCUGGUGCAGUCCUCCAGCCUCUCCAAUGCCCACAUAGACUACACCACCAAGCCCGCCAUCAUCUUCCGCAUAGCCGCGCGCAACGAGAAGGGCUACGGCCCUGCCACACAAGUCCGAUGGCUGCAAGAGUCCAGCAAAGAUGGCGCCUUGGCAAAACCUGCCCCAAAAAGACCAGUUUCCUCACCUGAUACUAAGGCUGCUGGUCAAAAGAAAGCAAGAACGGACCAGUGAGAUCGCACAGAUGACCUCCCCCCACUCGCUGUCAUGUUUGACCAGGAAGACUCAUCCCUCCAUCUCUUCAUCCUCAUCCUGACUUCACCCCAUCCUCAAGUUAACCUACAUCCAGCCAGCAACAUAAGCAAAAUGGCAGCAGAAACCCUAGAUGAAAGUAAAUAAGAGAUAUGGUUCUGUAGGCAAGACUCCUUUUUCUAUAGGUCAUACUAUUUCUAGAGCAACACAAAUUUAAAAAAGCACAUUAUAGCUUUUACUUCAUAAUUCUUUUUUCUUCUUUCCCCCCUAGCUACUUUUAUUAUACAUAUUUUUGGCUACUUUCAGUAGUUGAGCAGUUGUAGAGAAACAUUUACAGCUUCCAAGCUGUGAGCCGGCCUGAGCUUAAUGUUACUUUAGUUUUUUGUUUUAUCUUUGGGGAAUGUAGGGAGAGACUACAUGAGAUGAUGUACAGUUUGAGGAUGUGCUGAACAGGAGGCAGUGGUGGCGUUUAGUUUAGAUGGUAGGAACAAUCAAAAUGGGAAAACAAACAAAGGGGGACAUUUUUCCCUCAAGCAGAAAUGUGCUUCAUUUAAGAAACGAAUCUAUACCGAUAUCAUACUGGACUCCAGUCUCCUAGUAAUCUCAUCAGUGUGCUUUCCCCCCAAGAUGAGGACUGAGGGCUGAUGCUAUGAAGUGGACAAAGGAUCGAAUGACGAAGGAAAACAUUUGUAGAGAGGGACCGACUUUUCUAGGACUGAAACUUGCAGCAUACACAUGACACCUUGCAAAAAUCUUCCCCAGAAAUUAGCAAGCACUGAUGCAGAAGAUCUUUGUAGUUUAUUUUUGUAUUUUUUAAGCUUUUCCUUGUGUCACCGUGCAUUUUUAAAUCGUCAACAACUUUUUUUUAUUUUUGUUUACUAUUGUUAAUCUCCAUCGUUUUCAAGUGUUGGUGGGAAGAGGGGUGGCAGUGCUGAGGUAGCCACUAGAUUUUUAAAUCUUGGUUUGAUCAGUUGUAAGUUCAUGUUGUAUCAGAGGGUAUGAAAAAUAAAGAUUUUUGUAUUUGUUCUGA